CAGAGGAGAUCUCAGAGGAGCAGCAGGAGGAAGAGAGUGAGGAAGAGGAGGAGUCCUGCUGCUGAAUGAACAGCUUGUUGGAGUGAAGAACAGGAUCUGCUCAGAGGACUGAAGUUCUCCUCCUGCUGCUGCAUCAGCAUGAUGAGUGAUGUCCGACUGUCUGCUGCUCCUCCUCCUCUCUGUGAGGUCACAGCUUCACCAACAGGAUGUGGUUUCCAUAGCAACGAGCCUCCAGCUUUCGUCCUGCCGCCUCGAAACGUCAGGGUCAGUCUGGGGGGAGACGCCCGACUGGAGGGGAAGGUGAGAGGUCAACCUGAGCCGCAGGUCACAUGGUACAGAGACGGGAAGCCUGUGAUUGGUGGAGGACGCUGCUCAGUGGAGCGAGGUGGGCGUGGCACUUUCAGCCUCCUGGUGGGCGGAGUCUCAGAGGAGGAUCUGGGCUGUUACACCUGUCAGGCGACCAAUGAGGCGGGGAGCCGGCAGGUUACCGUGGAGAUCCUGCUGGAAGAAAACUACGGGAAGCAAUACAUCCUGCCGUCCUGGAAGAGAUCAGGGUCCCGCUCCUCGAUCCCAGCGAUGGAGAACCGGACCAGCAUCUGGAGCGAGAGUCCACCGAAGUUCAUCUCCAAACCCAGCAGAGUGGUGGUCAGGCUGGGACAGAGCGGGAAGUUCUCCACUAAAACCACGGGACGGCCUCAGCCGCAGGUCACAUGGUACAAGGGGGAGGCAGAGCUUCAGUCUUCUGGUCGGAUCAGCGUGUUCGAACUUUCUGGUCGUCACUUCCUGGAGAUAAAGGAAGUCCAGGUGGAGGAUGCAGGAAGUUACACGUGUUCAGUCAUCAACAGCACCGGAGCGGCCACCGCCAGCGCUGAGCUUAUAGUUCAGGGUGUUCCUGAAGCCUCGUCCAGCGUUUAUCCAUCUGAGGAACCACCAGCCAGGAAACCAGUAGAGGACAGCAUUUCUCCCAGUCCUGGCAGGUCGACUGCAGACCAGCAGCAGGGACAAACUGCAUCCCGGAGGAGCAAACCCCCUUUAGAGCUCCCUCACGUGGCUGGAAAGAGUACUGCUGCCGCCCAGAUUCAGUCCAGUCGAGCUGAUCCGGUUCAAACAAUCAAGGUGGCGCCAUCUGCAUCCAGCUGCAGCAGAGCUUUGAGGAGAUCCGCAUCAGGUUCUGGUCUGCGGUUUGAAGCUGUUCCUCUGGACCAGGAGGCCACAGAGGGAGCCCAGGUCACGUUCACCUGCCAAGUUUCGUCUGUUGCUGACGCCAUGGUAACCUGGCUCAGAGACGGGAACCCAGUGAGGACGGGUCCAGGACAUCAGCAGAGACGUGACCGGACUCGUCUGAUUCUCACCAUGGACAGAGUGACGCAGCUGGACAACGGGACGUACGGGUGUCAGCUCACCACUCCUGAGGGACUCAACGUUGCCUCGGCAACAUGGAGGCUGCGCGUCAAUCGUGCGUCCAGGUGUCCGGUGUUCGUCAGUGAGCUGCAGGACUGCAGCGUGUCAGAGGGUCAGUCCAUCAGCCUGCAGGUCCGUGUGGAGGGAAAACCUGACCCUAACAUCAGCUGGCAGCUCAAUGGUCGUCCUCUUCCUCCCAGGACUCGGUCCUCACAUGUUGGGGGCGUGGCCAAGCUGAUGGUCCAGAACGCAUCACGCCAUGAUGACGGCGUCUACGUGUGCGUGGCGGAGAACAUCCACGGUCGGGCAGAGAGCAGUGCCCAGGUUCAGGUCAAAGGUAUGGUGCCGUCUCAGAGGUCAGAGGUCGCAGCAGCAGGUCGGGCUCCUUGCUUCAUUCGCUGUCUAAGCGAUCUGAAAGUGAUGGAUGGCAGCAGAGUCUCCAUGACGGUGGAGCUGAGCGGUGAGCCUCCUCCUGCGGUGAUGUGGCUCCAUGACGGGCAGGAGGUGUCGGAGUCGGAGGACUUCCACCUCCUCAGGGAGGAGAGCCGCUACACUCUGCUGAUCCAGGAGGUUUUCCCAGAAGACACUGGGGCCUACAGCUGCCGGGCCUGGAACCAGUACGGAGAGGACCAGACCCAGGCCCGGCUCACUGUGGAAGAACCUCAGGACGGCGUCCAGCCCUGGUUCAUCACAAAACCCAAAGCGGUGAGCGCCGUCACAGGUCAACACGUCUUGCUGUCCUGUGCCAUCGCCGGAGACCCGUUCCCCCAGUACACAUGGACCAGAGUGGACCAGAACCGAGCGCUGAGCUCUGGAGGAGACUACGAACUGCUGCAGAAGGAGGACGUCGUCUCGCUGCUCAUCAGACGGGUCAGAAAGCAUCAUGAAGGAGACUUCCUGAUCACCCUGAGGAAUAAAGUGGGAGAGUGCAGCGCUGUGGCUCAACUGUCCGUCACUGAAGGAGAACCUGAAGAAGGAGACAGGAGGACCGCAGCAGCCAGAGGAAGACCAGGAGGAGGAGGAGGAGAAAGCAGGAGGGUCAGUCUGCAGAGGCAGGAGGCUGGUGAGGAGGAGAAGAAGAAGAAGGAGGAAGAUCCCCGAGGACUCCUCAAGCGCAGCGUGGAAACGAGGGAGCGCGGUGAAGAGGAGCUGCGACAGAGGGAGGCGCAGCAGCUGGACUUUCGCUCGCUGCUGGGACGCCGAGCUUUGCCCCCCGACGGUGACACCAACACCCAGAAGAUGGAUUUUAAGGCCAACCUCCGGGGCGUCAAAGGCAAGGCGGAGGAGAAGGCGAACUCCCCGCAGCAGGUGGACUUCCGGAGCGUCCUGGGGAAGAAGGGCGCCGCUGGCAGCAACGGCAACAAGCCGGCCGAAACGCCUCCGAAGAACGCUGGAGACUUGCGCUCCGUCCUCACCAACAAGAAGAAGAUGACUCCGGCGGCGACCCCUGAGAAGAACGGAGAGAAGGUGAACAACUGCGUGGAUGGAGGGCUUCACGACCAGAAGAGCGAGGGAGGAAAGGGAGGUGGCGGAGGAGGGACGGCGCCGGAGUUCGUGGAGAAGCUGAAGGACGUGACGGUGCUGGACGGUCAGCGGCUCCGGCUGGAGUGUCGCCUCGCCUCCGCCGCAGCUGCUGAUGUCACCGUCACUUGGACGCUGGACGGGAAAACCGUCAAACCGUCCAAGUUCAUCAUCCUCGCCAACGAAGGCGGCCUCUGCUCUCUGACCAUCGACAAAGCUUUGCCGGAGGACGAAGGCCAGUACAAAUGCAGAGCUGAGCACUCGGCCGGCAGAGCGGAGUGCUCCUGUAUGGUUCUAGUCGACGAUCCACCAGAAAACUCUCCGACAGACAAGAAGUCUAAGAAGGCAGCUCCGACCUCAGAGAGUGAAGCCAGAAUAAAGAAGCCAACUCCAAAGACUCCUCCCAAACAAGCUUUGCCUCCUCAGAUCCUCCAGUUCCCAGAAGAUAUGAAAAUCCUGGCAGGAGAAAAGGUGGAGAUCCUCUGCAAAUACUCCGGAGCUCCACCCAUCACCUGCACCUGGCUGAAGUUCAGGAAACCAAUCCAGGAGGGAUCCUCGGACGUCUCCAUAGAGAGCACAGACAGCAGCAGUAAGCUGACCAUCACCAGCGGGCAGCAGGAGCACUGCGGCUGCUACACCGUGGAGCUGAGGAACAGCUACGGCCUCCGACAGGCCGCACUCAACCUCACCAUCGUUGACAAGCCCGACCCCCCAGCAAAGGUCCCCGCGACCUCUGACAUCCGGCGCUCCAGCCUGACCCUGUCGUGGUACGGGCCGACCUACGACGGCGGCAGCGCCGUGCAGACCUACCAUCUGGAGAUCUGGGACUCCGUGGACCAGCAGUGGAAGCAGCUGGUGUCCUGCAACAGCACCUCCUACAACAUCCAGAACCUUCUUCCAGAACGACAGUACAAGUUUCGAAUUCGAGCUCAGAACAUUUACGGCAUCGGAGAGCCGAGUGCCGAGUCUGAAGCCGUAACAAUGGGACUAGUGGACGACGAUAACCAGGAUGAUGCUGAGGCAGAGGAGGAGGAUGAAGACUCGGAAAAAGAGCCAGAGUACCGAGACGUGACCAUUAAAACCGAUGUGAAGGUGAAGGAGCUUUACGACGUGGAGGAGCGGCUGGGAACGGGGAAGUUCGGUCAGGUCUUCAAGCUGCUGGAGAAAUCCACGAAGAAGGUUUGGGCUGGGAAGUUUAUCAAGGCGUAUUCGGCCAAAGACAAGGAGAACGUCCGACAGGAAAUCAGCAUCAUGAACUCCCUGCAUCACCCCAAACUGGUCCAGUGUGUCGACGCCUUCGAGGGCAAAUCCGACAUCGUCAUGGUGCUGGAGAUGAUCUCUGGCGGCGAACUGUUUGAGCGGAUCAUCGACGAGGACUUUGAGCUGACGGAGAGGGAGGUGAUUAAAUACAUGCUGCAGAUCAUCGACGGCGUCAACUUCAUCCACAAGCAGGGGAUCGUCCACCUCGACCUCAAACCAGAAAACAUCAUGUGUGUCAACAAAACCGGCAGCAAGAUCAAACUCAUCGACUUCGGCCUCGCCCGCCGGCUCGCAAACGCUGGAACUUUGAAGGUUUUGUUUGGGACUCCAGAGUUUGUGGCUCCUGAAGUGAUAAAUUAUGAAGCCAUCAGUUACCCCACAGACAUGUGGAGUAUAGGAGUCAUCUGUUACAUCCUGUUGAGCGGUCUCUCUCCCUUCAUGGGCGACAACGACAACGAGACUCUGGCCAAUGUUACCUCGGCAACCUGGGACUUUGAGGACGAGGCCUUCGAUGAAAUCUCUGAAAACGCCAAAGACUUCAUCACCAACCUGCUGAAAAAAGACAUGAAGGCUCGGCUGUCCUGCCCUCAGUGUUUUGAACACCCCUGGCUGAAACAGGACACCAACACCAUGAAGACUACCAAGCUGUCCAAGGAGAGGAUGAAGAAGUACAUCCUGAGGAGGAAGUGGCAGAAAACGGGUCACGCUGUUCGAGCGAUUGGCAGACUCUCCUCCAUGGCCAUGAUGGCUGGAGUUAGUGCAAAGAAAGGCUCACCCACUGAAGAGGAUAAUCAGUUCCUGGAGUGUUUGGAGUACGAACAGAAGACGGAGAGUAAACCCACUUUCACUUCAGUCAUUAAAGACGUGGAGGUGGUGGAAGGCAGCGCCGCUCGCUUCGACUGCAAAAUAGAAGGAUACCCUGACCCUGAGGUGGUUUGGUACAAAGACGACCAGCCAAUCAAAGAGACCCGACAUUUCCAGAUCGACUACGAUGAAGAAGGAAACUGCAGUUUGAUCAUUUCAGAGGUUUCAGGUGACGAUGAUGCCAAGUACAUGGUGAAGGCCGUCAACAGUCUCGGCGAGGCGACGUGCACAGCAGAUCUGCUGGUGGAGGUGAUGGCUGGAGAGGACGAGGAGGAGGAAGAAGAGGAAGAAUAAAGAUUCCUGUUGGACAUUUAGGAGGCCUGCUGCUCCUCAGCCUGUCAGAAAAUUCACCCACAGUAACAUUUAGGGGUGGGAGGUACAGGUGGGCGGAGUUUCUCAUACCUGAAUCUGAGCAUGUGCAGAUCUGCAGCCGAUUCGCUCUGAUUGGUCGGUUGAUGUGUGACAAUCUUAAAGCACAUCAAGCUGGGCCCUGAUUCCAACAGGAAGUAAAGCGUAAAAGACUGAAACAUGCUAAAUUUUUCCCAUAUUAUAAACCAAAAUGUCUUUUUCACACAACAAGCUCCUAUAUUUGGCUUUAACACUCUGUUUUAGGGUGUUUUCACACAUGAUAGUUUGGUAAACUCCGUUCAAUUGGAGACCAAAACUGCAACAUUUGUUUCAUUUUCAGGAGGUGCAGUUCACUAUGUCAAACGAACCAAAACAAUUUAAAAAGAUGUUCCCCUCCCAGUCUGUGGGGGCGCUGCAACAAGAACUACUGAAGGAAACAGCACA